UGUCACAGCUAGUGGAACGGGAAGGUUAUGCAUUCUUCGUUACUUUUGAAUUCAAUAGGCUUCCUAUGUUUUGUUCUAAUUGUCAUUGUAUAGGCCAUGUAAACUCUACGUGCAACAUGAAUAACCAUGUAGAAGAGGCUGCAGAAAAGCCACAAAAUGAACCAAAGAUAAAUCAUGGAUCAAGAAAACCAUCUGAUACAGCAGUUGCGAGGCAUAAUUCAGGUGUGUUUGAAGCUGGACAACAUGUAGGUGAUCCAGCUGAUCCAAUUGCACCGAAUGCUCAGCGGGUCAGUGGCUUGGGUAAGCCAAAUCAUGUCUCGGUCACAGGAUCAGAAUUACAGUUGGAGCUGGAAAAGGCUGCUGCAAUUAUCAAUGUUGGUGCAGCAGCUGAGUCAGCUGCUGAUUUGGUCCCAAUCCAGCAAAGAUUAAUAGUGCUGCCAAGGUCAGUCUUGGAGAAUGCAACUACUACUGCUUAUGUGAUCAAGGAUGUUGGAGCAGCUGCUCAUUUAGCAGUUGCGGAUUAUAAUGCGGAUGUAGCAUUUAAUUCCAAUGUGAAAUGUAAAUUUGGUGCAACAAAUGACUCUAAUAUACAGAAAUGUGUAUCUUCACCAGCUGAGCCGAAUGUAGCAACUGCUAUAACUGUUGGUUGUGUUGAUCAUGCAGUAGGCAUUCCAGCUGCUAAGUUGAUUCCUGAUUAGCCACGUUCAAUUAUGAUGCUAAGGACAGAUUAUGCAGCAGCUGCUACCCCCGUAAUCAUUGAUGUUGGUGUAGCACCAGCUGCUGAUUUGGUCUCAGUCUAGCCUUAGUCAAUUGUGAAGCCAAGGAUAGUUUUAGAUAAGGCAGCAGCUAAAUCAGCAGCUAAGACUUAUAAUGUGAAUGUAGUAGCUAAGGUACGUAAAGUUGGUGCACCAGUUCAAUGUAACGUGGCUGCAUCAGCUGAGUCAGAUGUGGGCAGUAAAGUUGGUGUAGCAGAUAACUCUGGACCCAAAAAGGGAUGUUUAUUUGCACCACGGAAUGCAGCAGCUGCUGCAACUGAUAUGGGUGAUGCAGAAGUGAAUUCAGCAUCUGUGGGGUCACUUGAAGGCAUGCCAUCCCUUGACGAUUUUUUUGAAGAGGAGAACCAAAGAUGUGGUGUUGCAUCUGAAUCAGAGGGUGAUAGUCCACCCUCGGUCAGGCAUAAGCAAACUUAUGCUGAAUAUCAACUAAGAUCUGAAGCAAGGGCUGCCAAAUUCGCUAAAUUCUCUUAAAUUUGCUAAAUUCUCUUAAAUUGUAUUUGGAGAUUUGUGGGGUGCAAGUUGACUGUAUAAAGUUUAACUGAUAUGGUUUCAGACUAUGCCACUUGAUUGGCAUUGUUAGCAUUACUUUGUAUCUCUUGUUUUUUAUUUUUUUUGUGGGUUUUGGUUUGGUCCCCCCACCUUGUACUUUUAUCUUUCAUUUUAAUUUUAGCCUUUAUUGAUAUGGAGCACAUGAUUGGUGUGUUGCAGGGUACUAACACUAGUGGAAAACGAGGCUUUUACAUCACCUCUUUCUCAUCGAACUUAACAAAAAUCGACGUAAAAAAGAUGCGGUGGAAUUUUUGUAAUUUUUGUGAACUUUUUAUGUCAGACCUGGUAAGGUUCAACGUAAAAUGUACAAUCUACGUCAGACACAACAUACAACCGACGUAGAUUGUACACGCAUGGGAGGCACACGCAUGCACGCAAGAGAAUCAAAAGAGUGCAUGGGAGGCACAUGCAUGCACUCACUCACUCGGAUCUCAUCACUUUUAUAAAUUCUUCUUUGUAUAAACCCUCUCCCUCUCCUUUGUUUCUAAAUCAUUUUUUUUAUCUUUUGCAGAGUGAGGUGAACUCUUCGUUACUCAUUCGCACAUUGUUGCAGCUCAGGUUAAUUGUGGAGCAUUUUUGGGCUUGGAUAUUAAUUUUGGACUUCAAGAGAUAAAGUGACAUGCCAGCGCCAUGUCAGCAUUACAGUGCCACGUCAGCGCCACAUCAGCAACAUGCUUGCAUUUUUGUUAACCUUGUAUUAUUCAUUUUCAGGCCAGACAUAUCCAGAGAGGGCCCAAUUUCAUUUUAGGUCAUAGGAGUCUAGGUUAGGGAUGACUUGGCAGCCAUUAACAUUAACAAUCUGAUGUGACCACGUUUUGGACACUUCUUCCUUCCCUUUAUUUUUACAUUUUUUUGGCUCUCUGUUCUGCUAUCUCCAUUUUUCACAUUUUUUCUAUCCAGUCAUGUUUUGUUUUGCUGGUUGUAUUUUGAGACUGAGUUUUUUUGUUGAAUGAAUACAGAUUGUUAGUUUCAUUUUCUUCUCCUUCUUCGUUGCAUUUUUUUUUUCAUUUAUGUUGAAU